CCCGAUGUGCCAGUACUAGUGAGUCGUGACGUUACUUUCUCAACUUGAGUGCUGUCACGGUAAUCAAUAAUUCUACACCGGUAACCCAAGACCUCUAUGGACGAUGCGGCAAAAUCCUAAGGCCCGACUGCCCGACGAGGUCUCCAGACCUCAGCUCCUUGAUAGUCGCUCCUUGGAAGUUCUAUCUCAAGGGUGCCCGAUACGUACAUGAGUACUUCCGAUAGUACCGACGACCUCAUGUCAUCGGCCAUCAUCUCAAUACCAAUUAGACGCUCAUUGGAGUAUUUAUAUUCCCCGUGCAUCCUUGUGAACAGUCCUUAAGUGCCACCGUCGACUACGUGGACAUCUGUUACUUCUGCAAUGGCAACUUUUGCCAAAUCCUCCUUUGACAGUGCCAUCUAUGCGACUUUCAGGCCGACCUACCCUAGGUCCCUCUUUGACUUCAUAUUCCGGUACCACGAGCGCAACAAUGGUGCAAGAUGGAAUAGAGCGGUGGACCUUGGUUGUGGGACGGGUCAAGCAACAGUCGAGCUCACACCCUUCAAGCGCGUCACUGGCGUCGACCCGAGUUCUAAGAUGAUCGAAGUUGCUCAAGGUACCCUCAAAAAUACGCCAACGAGCACUGGUCAAUACGAGUACAUACAGGCGAGCGCAGAGAAUCUAACAUUCUUGGAGGAUAGCAGCGUGGAUCUAGUCAUUUCCGCCCAGGCAUGCCAUUGGUUCGAUUGGAAAAAAAUAUGGCCUGAGGUCGCAAGAGUGCUGAGGAAGAAUGGAAGUGUUGCAUUCUGGGGUUACUCACAAUUGCGCCUCACCCGCUAUCCGUCACUCACACCGAGAAUUAACGCUUAUGUCGAGGGCACUGACCCACUGAACAGCAUUGGCUCAUACUGGGAGCAACCCGGCCGUUCGAUUUUAGAUAGCCACUUGAUUGAAGUGCCAGAUUCCAAUGAAGUUGUACCUGGUGCGUUUAGCGAUUUCGAGAGAGUUUUCUUCACGGGCAACUACUACCCAUCUCUCCCUUCCCCACGCUCCGUGAUCAUGCGCAAGAAGAUGACAUGGGAUGACCUGCUAUCGUAUCUUUAUACGUGGAGUGCAUUGCACACGUUCCGUCAGCACAACCCCACUGAUGGGGAGAACCCGCGUGGAGAUGUUGCGGUGCGGUUCUGGAAAGAUCUUAAGGAAGGUGCCGAGCGGGAGGAUGGGAGAACCGUGGAAGGACAUGAUGAAGUAGACAUUGAAUGGCCGAUGGCGGUGGUAAUGGCUACGAGAGCGUGAUAGCGCUAGAGGGCGGACCGUAUGUGUCCCUUUGUUGGCGGCUUGUAAAUUAUCAGACUAGAGGCUACUAGCUUGUGUAGGUGAAGUACUGGCAAUACCACGAUUCGGAUGACUAGCGAGGUUGUUAUGUCUCCAAGAUCAGUUCAAUACUAAAAAAACACAUGGG